GCCGACGAGUUCUUCUUCGACCGCCACCCAGGCGUCUUCGCGCAUAUCCUGAACUACUACCGCACGGGCAAGCUGCACUGCCCAGCCGACGUGUGUGGGCCGCUCUACGAGGAGGAGCUGGCCUUCUGGGGCAUCGACGAGACAGACGUGGAACCCUGCUGCUGGAUGACGUACCGCCAGCACCGCGACGCCGAGGAGGCGCUCGACAGCUUUGGCGGGGCGCCCCUGGACAACAGCGCUGACGACGCGGACGCCGACGGCCCCGGAGACUCAGGCGACGGUGAGGACGAGCUAGAGAUGACCAAACGACUGGCGCUGAGUGACUCCCCAGAUGGCCGGCCUGGCGGCUUCUGGCGCCGCUGGCAGCCGCGCAUCUGGGCUCUCUUUGAGGACCCCUACUCGUCCCGCUAUGCGCGGUAUGUGGCCUUUGCCUCCCUGUUCUUCAUCCUGGUCUCCAUCACCACCUUCUGCCUGGAGACCCACGAGCGCUUCAAUCCUAUCGUGAACAAGACAGAGAUUGAGAAUGUUCAGAAUGGCACACAAGUGCGCUACUACAGGGAAGCGGAGACAGAGGCCUUCCUCACCUACAUCGAGGGCGUCUGCGUGGUGUGGUUCACCUUUGAGUUCCUCAUGCGUGUUGUCUUCUGCCCCAACAAAGUUGAGUUCAUCAAGAACUCGCUCAACAUCAUUGACUUUGUGGCCAUCCUCCCCUUCUACCUGGAGGUGGGCCUAAGUGGCCUGUCCUCCAAGGCUGCCAAGGAUGUCCUGGGCUUCCUGCGAGUUGUUCGCUUCGUGCGCAUCCUGCGCAUCUUCAAGCUGACCCGCCACUUCGUGGGCCUGCGUGUCCUGGGCCACACACUCCGUGCCAGCACCAACGAGUUCCUGCUGCUCAUCAUCUUCCUGGCCCUGGGCGUGCUCAUCUUUGCCACCAUGAUCUACUAUGCUGAGAGGAUAGGGGCACAGCCCAACGACCCCAGUGCCAGUGAGCACACGCACUUUAAGAACAUCCCCAUUGGCUUCUGGUGGGCCGUGGUCACCAUGACGACACUGGGCUACGGAGACAUGUACCCGCAGACAUGGUCUGGCAUGUUGGUGGGAGCACUGUGCGCACUGGCAGGCGUGCUGACCAUUGCCAUGCCCGUGCCUGUCAUCGUGAACAAUUUUGGGAUGUAUUACUCCUUAGCCAUGGCUAAGCAGAAACUACCAAAGAAAAAAAAGAAGCAUAUUCCGCGGCCACCGCAGCUGGGAUCUCCCAAUUAUUGUAAAUCUGUCGUAAACUCUCCACACCACAGUACUCAGAGUGACACAUGUCCGCUGGCCCAGGAAGAAAUUUUAGAAAUUAACAGAGCAGAUUCCAAACUGAAUGGGGAGGUGGCGAAGGCCGCGCUGGCGAACGAAGACUGCCCCCACAUAGACCAGGCCCUCACUCCCGAUGAGGGCCUGCCCUUUACGCGCUCGGGCACCCGCGAGAGAUACGGACCCUGCUUCCUCUUAUCAACCGGGGAGUACGCGUGCCCACCUGGUGGAGGAAUGAGAAAGGAUCUUUGCAAAGAAAGCCCUGUCAUUGCUAAGUAUAUGCCGACAGAGGCUGUGAGAGUGACUUGACCAGGCGGCUUGGCCGAGGACACUGGUGGCUAUUAAGCAUCUGGGUGGACCUGCAGCCCCUCCUCACCCUCGGACAGAGUAAAUUCACGCCAUGCAGGUUUGCCGGACGAGUCCGAGUGGCCCAGGCAUUGUGCUAGGACGGACGUAGCUUUUCCUACGGCCAAAUGGUAACUGACCGUAGAGGAUUUCUUUUCCUUCUUUUCAUUUUUUAAAAUUUUAUUUUAUUUGGGGAGGGAGGGUGGAGGGGUUCCUUAGCAUGACUUGCAUGAAGUUAAACAGAAAACCCAGCAAACCAAACCCACCAACCUCCCUGCAACUGUAUGAUUACCCUCAACAACAAUAACAAGAAGAAAAAGAAAAAGUCCUAUAUUUUCUUUCAGAGCUCUUUACUUUUACACACAUUGUUGGAGCCAAAUUGUAACAGCGUUCAGUAGAAACCUGUACAUUUCUGGGAGUGGGGGACCGGGGAGGAAGGAUGGAGAUGGGGAACAAAUUACUUCUCCUUUUGUACACAAGAUCGAGAGUAAAGGUUCCAAAAAGGGCAGUCGGUCAGUCAUUGGUCAUAUUGACCUCACCUUCAUAGUUCAUCUCUCACACGGAAACUGAGAACUUUGCUCCAAAUAGAAUUGUGAAAACUCGCACUGCCGCCUUCUUCCCUCUCUGUUUGGCAUGCUUGUGACCCAGCGGACGUCUCCCCAAGACCCCUGGCAGCGGCUAGUCUAGGUUGAAUCUCUCAUCAUAUCGGUGUGUAGAUCCAGUGUGACCAACUUUCAUAAUAAAUUGUUCAUAGUAAAUAAUCAGCACCGUAUGGAUUUUCCAAGUGUUAUUUUAAAACCAGGAUGUAGAGCACCAAAAGUUCAGGACCACAGGAGGGGCAACCUCCUCCACCUUUACCAAGGCACAACCUGGCGAUGUAUGCAAUUUAGUACUUCAGAGUAAAAAACUGCAUGCCCAAUGUUAUGCAAAGCGAUUCGAGCAUGAAAUAAAUUUUGUAUCAUGGUUUCUGUAUAGUCUAAAGCAGAUUUGUUUUCCUGAAGCAAUUGGAGGUUUGCAGAGACACGCUUCUGCAUCUCGAAUAAAUAUAGUAUUUUCCCAACAGAAACAGAGGACAGUAGCUUGGCUUUGGUCUGAUUCUAAAAUUAGUGUGGGGGGGGGAGAAGGAUGAUAUUUUUGAAAAACACAUGCUUGAGUUGAAAAAAAAUGCAACAUCUCGAGCUUUCACUGCAGCUCACAACAUUUCCUGGAAAGAGAGCAACGAUGCUUUAGCUCAACAAACUCCCCUCCCCGGGCCCUGGACCCGGAAAUAAAAAGCUGACUUCUGAGAUGAA